GAGAUGACAGGACACCGGACGGACGGGACUCCCGGUAAUAUCUCCCCGGAUACAGCACAGCGCCCCCCAGUGGCCUCAGCCUCCAUUCGCUUCAUAGAUGUAAUAUAACAACAAACUCCCCAAUAACCUCCAGGAGGGGUGUUCUGUGAUUUUUGUCGUAGUCAUGGACCCAGCGUCUCCCACUAUGGCCCCCACCACCAGCUCCCUGCGCUCCGUAGAUAAAUACGCACAGCUGGUUCUGCAGCAGAUGAAUAAGAUGAGGACCCGGCUGGAGUUCUGCGACCUGCACAUCCACAUCGGUCCGGCGGUAUUCGGGGCGCACAAGCUGCUGCUGGCCGCCAGUAGUCCUUACUUUGCGGCUCUGCUGUCCGGCGGCUUGAAGGAGUCGUCAUGUGACGUGGUGCGGAUCCAGGGUGUGGAGGCCGCCAUCUUCCAGCUGCUGCUGGACUUUAUUUACUCCGGCUCGGUCCUCAUCAGUCCGGAGAACGUGCAGGAGCUGAUGACGGCAGCCGACAUGCUGCAGCUGAACCAGGUGGUGGCGCUGUGCUGCGAUUUCCUGAAGGAGCAGAUAGAUCCAGGCAAUUGCAUUGGCUUCUUCCAGUUCUCGGAGCAGCUGUCCUGUCAGCCUCUGCUGGAGUUCACCGAGAGUUACAUCCAGGCUCAUUUCCCGGAGGUGCAACAGGGGGACGAGUUCCAGUUACUGACCAAGGAGCAGCUGAUCCGCCUCCUGCGCAGUGAGGAGCUGUGCAUCGAAGACGAGCAUCAGGUGUUCGCUGCCGCCAUGUCCUGGCUGCAGAAAGACACGACGGCGCGGAAGAGACACGUGGUGGAGGUGCUGGAGCCCGUACGCUUCUCUCUGCUCCCUCCGCAGCGGCUACAGAAGAAUAUCGAAGAAGUAACAGAUUUCAGCCUCCGGGUGGCGCUGCAGACGCUUCUGAGGGAAUACUGCGAACCCAGCCUGUCGCCUAAAGAUAAGAAGCUCUGCAGCUUCCUCCAGACCUCGCGGGUCCGACCGCGCAGGAAGGCGCGCAAAUUCCUAUAUGCUAUCGGGGGAUACACCCGGCUGCAGGGGGGACGGUGGAGCGACAGCCGAGCGCUGAGCUGUGUGGAGCGGUUCGAUACGUUCAGUCAGUACUGGAGCACCGUGUCUUCUCUGCACCAGGCGCGGAGCGGGAUGAGCGCGGCCGUCCUGGAGGGAAGGAUCUACGUGGUCGGAGGGGAAAAGGAUUCGAUGAUCUUUGACUGCGUGGAGUGCUACGACCCUGUGACGAAACAGUGGAGCGCGGUUCCGUCCAUGAAUCAGCCGCGCUGCGGUCUGGGGGUGUGCUCCUGCCAUGGCGCCAUCUAUGCAAUGGGCGGAUGGGUCGGAGCCGAGAUUGGAAACGGUAUUGAGCGAUUUUCCCCGGAGGACAACGCCUGGCAGAUAGUGGGGCAGAUGGCUGUGCCCAGAUAUAACUUUGCCUGCUGUGAGCGACAAGGGUUGAUCUAUGUGGUCGGAGGGAUCAGUCACGCGGGGAUAGAACUUUCUUCAGUUGAAGUAUUUGAUCCAAUCACCCGGCGCUGGACAUCGCUGCCCCCUAUGGCCACCCGCCGGGCGUACCUGGGUGCCGCCUGUCUGGAUGAUUGUCUUUUUGCGGUGGGCGGCUGGGACGAGCACCAGGACUCUCUGAAUACGGUGGAGAAGUUCUCAUUUGAGGAGGAGAAGUGGGUGGAGGUGGCUCCAAUGAGGAUCCGCAGAGCGGGCGUCUCAGUGAUCAGUGUGAACGGGCUCCUGUACGCCGCAGGGGGAAGGGCCAACGUGCAGAAUUUCUCCGCCCCUGUGACCUCCGACUCUGUGGAGGUUUAUAAUCCGCAUACAGACUCCUGGACAGAGAUUGGCAGCAUGAUCACCAGCCGAUGUGAGGGCAGCCUGGCCGUUCUCUAGGGACUGCUGAGGGUGGAGCCUGUCUACUGAUGGGGGGGUCCGGACUGCUGAGGGUGGAGCCUGUCUACUGAUGGGGGGGUCCGGACUGCUGAGGGUGGAGCCUGUCUACUGAUGGGGGGGUCC